AUGGGUGCGCUUCGCUCGCUCUUCCUGCUCGCCCUCGUCCUCGCCGCGACUCUGAGCCUCGCUGGAGUCUCAGCGGCGCCGCGCCGCGCCCUCGGCAAGGUCAAGGGGGACCCUCCUCAGAAGCCCCUUCCUCCAACUCCUUUCGACCCGAAGAGCUUCCCUGUCGCGUCCAACCCCCCCUCUCCAAGCGGCUCACGGAAGGGCCUCAUGGACUCAACCAUCUCGUUCGAUUCCAAGGCGCCAUCCCGUGCCCUCACUCGGCGGCUCGCCGUCCGAAAGGGCUCAGCGGAUUCGACCUUCUCCUUCGAUUCCAAGGACGGGGGAUCCCGCAGGAGCUCCGUGGAUUCCGUCUCGCCUGAGCAGUCAAAUGGGGAGUGGAUUGGCUUUUCAGGGUGGACCUGGGCCGGGGCUAUGUCGUGGCUCACGUCUCCACUUUGCUUCCCCAUUCUUCUCGUACACCCUUCUAGACCCGAGCUCGAGUCAUCUGGGUUGAAGCAGCGGGCAGUGGACCUACUCAAAUGGGGCGUGGACUGGCUGCUCAUGGCAAACCAUGAAAGGGCGGACCCGGGCCGCGGCUGUGUUGUAGUCAUCUGGGUGAAGCAGCGGGCAGUGGACCUACUCAAAUGGGGAGUGGAUUGGUUGCUCAUGGCGGAUUUGGGCCGGGGCUGUGUCGUGGCGCAAGUGGGUGACUCUGCCGCCCAGGACUCGUGCUGGCAGCGGCCAGAAGACGACUCUGCCGCCCGGCCGGUGUACACGGUGGUGGGCGCGAACGGGCCGGGGGCGGCGGUUCUGGCUGACAUGUCGGCUGCCUUUGCUGCAGCGUGCAGUAUGCCUGCUUUGGGGGGUAGAGGGGCCAUGGGCAGCGACACCACUGACCCCUUGGCUACUGCUGGUGAGAUGAGAAUCACGAGUUGCCUUGGCCGCAUGCGCCCUACUUGCUGUGGAACCACACACAGAGGGCACUCCCCACACUUCCGCUCCCCACACUUAGGAGUUAAACCCCGGAUAUGCUGCCUUGCUGCGGGGCGACGGAACGCCCCCCCUUUCCCUACUCCCGCUUCUUUCCCCUUUUGUGACCCCCACUUCCGCCCCUCGCCCCCUUCUCCGCACCAACACCCCAUCCGCACACGUACUCGGCGAGUUAAACCCGGAUAUGCUGCCUUGCUGCAGGACCACGCCACCAUUCCCAACUCCUGCUACUCUCCCCCUCUAUGCCCCAACUUCCGUUCUUCACACUCCCCUCCUUCCGAACCAGCCUCGCAUGUGUUCGGCGAGUUUGACCCCGGAUACGCCGCCUCGCUGAGGGACCACGCUACCAUGCUCUUUGAACUCGCCACCACCGCCACCUCCACCGAUGAGUGA